GUCUUUAUCAGCUGUUGCUCUGAAAAAAAUUGAAUUCUGUCAUAACAACAUGUCAGCUACAAAAACUUUGCGUGCUCUUCUCCAAGAACUUCGUAGCGCCUCUCCUAAUGGCUGCAUCAAGAAUUCCUUAGCAGCUCGUUAUAUUUUGGCUCAGUAUAAGAAAUUCUCAACUACCGAUCAACAAUUAUGCAAAGCACGCGAUGAGGCCUUAUAUUUGGGACAAACUUAUCUCACCUAUAUGUCCAGUUUGCGUAAAUACAAUGAAUUAUACAAGGAAUAUCAUGGUCGUGGCGAAAGGACUGUAAGGGAAACUGCUGAUAUGGUGGGCUUCAAACUUCCAAGUGAUCCCAAGUAAAAUAAUGACUCGAUGGAGCAAAUACUUUAACCGAAUGUUUAAUUAGCUGUAGUACUAAAUAUAUUAGUUUAAUAAAAAUAUUGCUAAAUUGAAAAUAAAAAAA